GCCCAACUUAGGGUUUUCAGGAAACAUGGAAGCGGCGGCGAUAGUUGGAGUCUAAACCCUGUUGUGACGGUCUCCGGGUGCCCUGUGAGAGAAAAGGGGAGGAUGCCACUGGAAUCAUCUUCCACUUCAAGGCCGCUAUCCUUCCCUUCUCCCUUACCCCCAGUACCAGACAAUAUUUCAAACUCUUCUCCUCCCCCAAUGUCUUACAUCACUUCCCAGGAGAUGAAGUGUAUUCUUCACUGGUUUGCCAGCUGGUCAGGUCCUCAGCAUGAACGUUUCCUUCGGGACCUGGUAGCUAAGGCAGUACCGGGAAAAUUACAGCCAUUGCUGGAAAGCCUGGAGCAGCUUAGUGUGUCUGGGGCAAACCGACCACCUUGUAUCUUUGAGUGCCAGCUACAUCUUUGGGAUCAGUGGUUUCGAGGUUGGGCUGAGCAGGAAUGCAAUGAAUUUGUCAGGCAGCUGGAGGUCAGUGAGCCAGACUUUGUGGCAAAGUUUUACCAAGCAGUGGCUGCUACAGCUGGUAAAGAAUGACAUUAAAAAUCAAAGAAAAAAAAAAAAAGACAAUAGCCAGAGCUAAUGCAGCCAUGGCCACAACUUUACCGUGAGGACAUCGAAUGUAUCACUCAAAGAUUUGGAGAUGGUGUCCCGAUCAGCUGCCUGAAACUAUCUGACAAGCAUAGGCCUGGUGAUUUCAACAGCCUGUCAACUGGA